AUGAGAGCACUGACGCGAAAAUCUACACCAUUGGUGGGAUUUAGCGGUGAAGUGAAGCAAACUGUUGGAGAAGUGAUGCUGCCUGUGUAUGCAGGAGGAAUUAACCGACAGACAAAGUUUAUGAUACUAGAUUGUGCUACUGCGUACAACGCAAUUAUGGGACGUCCAUGGAUUCAUGACAUGGGGGCAGUGCCAUCGACACUCCAUCAAACCAUAAAAUUUCCUACUCCUUGGGGAAUAAGAGAGAUCAAGGGUGAACAAGAACACUCACGCUCGUGCUAUCAGACGUCCUUAAAAGGGAAAAGCCAUCAACUAUAUCAGCUAGAGAGCAAGCCGUCGAUCCCCCAUACCGAGGAACCAGAGGUAGAACAACUUGACGAGGUACCAUUAACUAAAGACGAUCCGGAUAAGAAGGUCAAUAUCGGAUCCAAGCUACCGACCGACGUACGACGAAGACUCAUUGAUUUUCUAAGAUCCAAUGCUGACUGCUUUGCUUGGUCACAUGCCGACAUGCCGGGGAUCGAUCCUGAGAUCAUUAUGCACAAACUACAAGUCGAUCCUGAACAUCAGCCAGUAAGACAAAAACGAAGGAAGUUUGCUCCCGAACGUGAUUUGAUCAUCAACAAAGAAGUGGAGAACCUACUUGAGGCGGGAUUCAUUCGAGAAGUACGCUAUCCUGAAUGGUUAGCUAACGUUGUGGUCGUUCGAAAAAAGAAUGGAAAAUGGAGAGUGUGCAUCGAUUUUACUGAUCUCAAUAAGGCAUGUCCGAAAGACCCUUUUCCGUUACCACACAUCGACAAACUAGUGGAUGCUACCGCAGGUCACGAGCUGAUGAGUUUCAUGGAUGCCUUCAGUGGGUACAAUCAGAUCUUGAUGCACCCUAGCGACCAGGAGAAGACGUCUUUCAUGACCUCACGAGGCAUAUACUGUUAUAAAGUAAUGCCAUUUGGAUUGAAGAACGCUGGAUCGACCUACCAGAGGCUCGUCAAUAUGAUGUUCGCUGAUCAAAUUGGUUAUACUAUGGAGGUGUACAUUGACGACAUGCUUGUGAAGUCGUUGGUGGCAGAGGAUCAUAUCAUGCACUUGCAACAAGCCUUUGCUACCUUGCGAAAGUACAACAUGAAGCUAAAUCCUACGAAGUGUUCAUUCGGUGUAAGCUCUGGGAAGUUCCUUGGUUAUAUUGUCACUCACCGAGGGAUCGAAGCGAACCCAGACCAGAUAAGAGCGAUACAAGUUAUCCCUUCGCCGAAAAAUGUGAAAGAGGUACAGAAACUAACCGGAAGAAUGGCUGCUUUGAGCAGAUUCAUCUCAAGACUGUCCGACAGAUCUCAUACCUUCUUUGCUGCUCUGAGAAAACCGAAGGACUUCAUGUGGGAUGAUAAGUGCGAGAAAGCAUUGAAGGAACUGAAGAACUACCUAACAUCACCCCCUCUUUUAUCUAAACCAAAAGAUGGAGAAGUGCUGUUAUUGUACCUGGCAGUGUCGGACCACGCCGUCAGUGCUGUUCUGGUUCGAGAAGAGGAAAAUAAACAGUACCCUGUUUACUACGUCAGCAAGUCGCUCCUAGACGCAGAAACGAGGUACAGUCAAUUGGAGAAAUUGGCCUUAGCGUUGAUAACAGCAGCGAGGAAGCUACGUCCCUACUUCCAAGCUCAUCCUAUUGUGCUUGUCAGCUCAGCUCCCAUAAAGGCGGUUUUACAUAAACCAGAAGUAUCAGGAAGAUUAGCAAAGUGGGCAGUUGAACUUGGCGAAUACGACGUCAUAUACCGACCGACUAUCGCCAUCAAAUCACAGGUGCUUGCGGAUUUUGUGGCGGAAUUCACCCCCAAUUUGAUUCCUGAAGUGGAGGAAGAGGUGAAAACCUUACAAGAAGGAUCUCACAAGGGAAUUUGGAAGCUGUAUGUCGAUGGGUCCAGCAACAUACGAGGUACAUGCCUUGGGAUGGUUAUAACUUCUCCGACAGGGGAACUUGCAUCAAGAGCAGUUAGGUGCAACUUUCGAGCCACUAACAAUGAAGCGGAGUAUGAGGCAUUGAUAGCAGGACUGACGCUGGCUCAUGAUCUUGGAGCUAGAAAUCUAGAAGUGUACAGCGACUCACAACUCAUAGUUAACCAGAUGCAAGGAGAUUACCAAGCACGAGAUUCGAAGAUGACGCGGUAUAUGAACGUAGCAAAGACGAUUGUGGAAAAAUUCGACGAUUGCAAACUCGCACAGAUUCCAAGAGAGGAAAAUUGUCAUGCGGAUGCUCUUGCCAAUCUUGGAUCAGCCCUUAAAACUGAAGUUUCGACUAGCAUUCCACUAUUAAUCUUGCAGUGGCCGGCCACAGACAAGGAUUUACCAAAUCUAGAAGUUGCAUCAGCGGAUGUCGCUCCGAAUUGGAUGACACCUAUCAUCAACUACCUAAGAGACGACCUACUACCAUCUAAUCGUAGGGAAUGCAGGAAAAUAAAACAACAGGCAGCACGCUUCUGCCUAUAUGAAGAUAAGUUGUACCGCAGGUCGUUCUCUAGUCCUUACUUAAGGUGCAUUACUCCAGAAGAAGCAAGGCAAGUUCUAAUGGAGUUGCAUCAUGGAGAAUGUGGAUCUCACUCAGGUGGACGAAGUCUAGUAUUAAGAGCGGUGAGAGCCGGAUACUAUUGGCCGACGAUGUCGAAUGACGCGACAAGAUUCGCUCGUCAAUGUGACAAGUGUCAGAGACAUGCUCAAGUGUCGAAACUACCUCCAGAGAAUUUGAAAAGCAUAAGUUCGUCAUGGCCAUUCAUGAAAUGGGGCAUGGACAUAGUGGGAAAACUACCAACAGCGCCAGCACAAAAGGUGUUUCUCUUGGUAAUGACUGAUUACUUUUCUAAGUGGGUGGAAGCAGAGGCAUUUAGUCAAGUCACAGAUAAAGAAGUCAGAGGUUUCAUAUGGAGGAACAUCAUAUGCAAAUUUGGAGUUCCUCAAGAGAUUGUCACUGACAAUGGCCCUCAAUUUACGAGCAACAACUUCAAAAACUACUGUAUCACGUGGGGAAUAAAGCUUAGCUUCGCGACACCCAGGCACCCACAAUCCAACGGACAAGCUGAAUCUUCAAACAAAACCAUUAUACAGAUGUUGAAGAAACGGCUUGAAAGCGCAAAAGGCAAGUGGGUAGAAGAGCUCCCUGGCGUGUUGUGGGCUUAUCGAACGACAUCCAAAAUAGCAACUGGGGAAACACCUUAUUCUCUAGUGUACGGGAUGGAAGCGGUAGUGCCAUCUGAAGUCACUGUGAAAACGAUACGAACAGAGCAUCUACAAUACCAAGAAAACGAGGAGCUGAUGAAGCUCGACCUCGACCUACUCGAUGAGAAAAGGGAAACUGCAAGGAUUCAAAACUGGUGCUACCAACAGGACAUCGCAAGACGAUACAACAAAAACGUGCGAACUAGGACUUUCCAAGUUGGCGAAUGGGUACUCAGGCGCGUCUUUCAAAACACGAUGGAACGUGGUGCUGGAAAACUGGGGCCGACUUGGGAAGGUCCCUACAAGAUAACAGAAGUGCGAGGAUCAGGUGCAUACAAGCUACAAGAUAAGGAUGGGAAGAAUCAACCUAACAGCUGGAAUGCUUUGCACCUCAAAACCUACCAAUUCUAG